AUGAUUGAGAACCAAAUUGAUUCAAUCUAUAGGAGAUUCGAAUAUUUGUAUAGUUCCCCAAAACAAAAUCAAACGAUCAGAAUGAAGAGAGGAAUGGAUAAGAGAGAAAGCUGCUCAGUAAUAAAUCACAAGGGAAAAAAAGCAAUUUUAAACCGAUUCCAUUUAUUUUGGAACUAUCUCAAACAAAUUACUUAUGUUCAUCUGUUUCAGUCUCAUUUAUAUUUAUCGUUCCCAUGCAUAACAGAAUAA